CUCCUGCUUAAGCAGCAAUCCCAAUCGCUCUAUCAUAUCUCUCUGGACGAUCUCGCUGUGAAAAUCUUUGGUACACGACUUGGCACGAUCAAGGGGGAAGCUUCAAUAGAAGGAGUCGUGACUAAGAUGGCCCAAGAUCCCAACGUGUGGUUCUAUCGUCCCCUGCAACCCGAUAUGAUCUCUUAUGCAGCACGCGAUGUGAUGUGUCUGCCGCUCCUCCGGGAGCUCAU